ACAAUGAACUACAACUCCCGGCAUGCCAAGCGAAGCCACUACAACCGGAAGUAGCUCCACUACCAACUGUGGGUUACAGUCUGCAGCUCUGCAUGGAGGGGAGUGACAGGAGGAAGAGCACAAGUUUGGAAAAUGAUUUGACGCAGAUGCUCCAUGUGUCAGCCUGAGUUACGCUAAUGGACAGUUGUACCACCUCCAAUACAAUUAGAAAUGAGUAUCACACAGAAUCAUUUCCUGUUGACUGGGAAGGAGAAACAGACAUUUCCCUUUCUAUCCGUAAUGAAGAUAACAACUAUGGUAAUUUCCAGGAAGCGGUUGAAAAUAAAGGAAUUCAUGUUGCAGAGACAGAGAAAUCAGUGCCAGAUAAAGUAGAAAAUGGUCAGUAUUUCUUAGACUUCUGGGAAAGAUCAGUUCAGAUGGACAGUAGAAUUCACAACGGGGAGAAGCGCUAUCAUUGUAAUGAAUGCGGGAAAACCUUUACACGCAAGUCAUCCCUCAUAGUGCAUCAAAGAAUCCACACAGGGGAGAAACAAUUCAUGUGCACAGAAUGUGGGAAGAGGUUUGGUCUCAAGUCCUCCCUUGUUCGUCACCUGCGAACUCAUACUCCGAAGACACUUAAUAUUUGCCCUGAUUGUGGAAAGUGCUUCACUCGGUAUUCCAGCCUUUUCCAGCACCAGAAGGUCCACAGGAGAGAGAAGACAUAUAAGUGUACAGACUGUAAUAAAAGCUUCUUACGGGAACCUCAGUUUGUUGCUCACCAGAAAACCCACAAAACGUUAAAACCCUGUGAAAAAGAAGAAUGUAAUGAGAAUGUUGAUGACCAAGACAGGUGUGAUAACCACUCUAACACCAGUAGCACAGUGAUGCCUUUUGUCUGUGAAGAGUGCGGUAUGAACUUUAAGGAACAAAGUGCAUUCAAGAGACAUCAGAGAACACAUACAGGAAAGGACUCUGUGUUGAAGGAUAAUUCAGAUGAAGAACAUAACGGUUCCUUUGAUGGAAUGGACAACAUUUCAAAACUGCGUAAUGUAAAAAAGAACUGUGUGAAGCCAUUGAAGAAAAAGGGAUGCUGUAGGAAGAAUAUGGAGCAAACUGUAAAAUCUGCAGGUAAAACCAUUCAAACAGAAAGAAGAACUCCAUGUUCAGAGAAGCGCUAUCUGUGCAUUGACUGCGGGAAAAGCUUCACGCGUAAAUCCUCCCUCAUAGUGCACCAGAGAAUCCACACAGGGGAGAAACGAUUCAUGUGUACAGAGUGCGGGAAGAGAUUUGGCCUUAAAUCAUCCCUUGUUCGACACCUGCGAACUCACACACCAAAGACAUUAAAUAUUUGCCCUGAUUGUGGCAAAUGCUUCACCCGGUAUUCCAGCCUUUUUCAGCACCAGAAGGUCCACAAGAGAGAGAAGCCGUAUAAAUGUUCUCAGUGUGAAAAAUGUUUCCCUCGGCUUUCGCAACUUGUAGUCCAUCAAAGAACCCACAAAGGAGAGCAAGAGCCCAAUCAAACAGAGAAUGUCAAUGACCUCAACAAAAUUUCUAAGCGCUCCCGAACCAAGAGGACUGAGAAAUCCCCCAUGUGUGCCCAGUGUGGUAAGAGCUUCAGAGAGCGCAGCUUACUCAUCAGACAUCUGAAAACCCAUACAGUAAGUGACCAGAAUGCUGAAGCAAAUCCUGAUUUAAUUAGGACAGAUUCCACUAUUUGUGAACAAGUUAGCAUACAUAAAGUAUCACUAAAAUCAAAUCAGGACAAAAAAGAUAAAGGUGCGCUAGAAGCAACAAGCCCAGAAAUCACAGAAAAUGGUGAGUGUGCAGUGAGCAUCUGGGAUGGAUCCGAUAUAUCAGACAGGAGAACUUGCAGUGGGGAAAAGCGCUAUUUUUGUAUUGACUGUGGGAAAAGCUUCACACGAAAAUCCUCCCUCAUGGUUCAUCAAAGAAUCCACACUGGAGAGAAACACUUCAUGUGUACAGAGUGCGGCAAAAGAUUUGGCCUCAAAUCCUCUCUCGUUCGACACCUGAGAACUCACACUCCAAAAACACUAAACAUUUGCCCUGAUUGUGGUAAGUGCUUCACUCGGUAUUCCAGCCUUUUCCAACACCAGAAGGUCCACAGGAGAGAGAAGCCAUUUAAGUGUUCUAAGUGUGAUAAAAGUUUUGCUCGGGCAUCACAGCUUGUAUUCCACCAGAGGACACACAAGGAAGAGAAGCAGUCUGAGAAAAGAGAAUGUGAGGAGAAAGUUGAUGUUCACUCAAGUACCAAUAGCCCUGAACAUUCCUAUGUGUGCAUGGAGUGUGGUAAGAGCUUCUUCGAGGAGAAUUUACUAUUGGCACAUCAGAAAAUUCAUAGAGCUGAUUGUAAAUCUCUUCCAAUCUGUGAAGGUGGAGAGCCUGAUGACAGGCCUGAUCUUCUAGACCGGGAGACAGAAUAUGUUGCCAAGUCUUUUCUUGUUGAAGAGGAUCAUUACAUGAAUCCUCAAAUCCCCGAAUCAGUGAACACCAACGCAGACUUGGUCUCUGGCGAAUUAAAUAAAGACCGUGAGCUUCCUGUUGAUUCCAAGGUCAAAUCGUGCAGGAGAAGCCGCAGUGCUGACAAGCGCUAUAAUUGUAGUGACUGUGGGAAAAGCUUCACAAGAAGGUCCUCGCUCAUUGUUCACCAGAGAAUACAUACAGGGGAGAAGCGCUUUGUGUGCGCAGAGUGUGGGAAAAGGUUUGGUCUCAAAUCAUCUCUCGUCAGGCACAUGAGAACUCACACUGGUCAUGCACUCAAUAUCUGCUCUGAAUGUGGUAUCUACUUUAGUAGAUAUUCAGACCUUCUGCUGCACUUGGAAAUACAUGUUGGCCAACCACAAAUAAAAUCUGAUGGCACAAUAUCUGAAAUGGAUUCCGAAAAAAGCCCAAACCUCCCCGAUCUAGAUUUGAGUGUAGAUAAGGUCUUGGGAUGUGUGCCUUUACUGAAACAUCCAGAUUCAUGUCUUUUAACUAAGGACCAAGGAUCUGACAGUGAGGGGUUCCUACAGAAGAACCAACAGCAACUGAAAAUGCCUGUUGCAUCUGAAAAUGUGCAUAAUUAUUUGGAUACAGAAUGUACUGAGUCAGAUCAACAAACAGAAGAAGAUGUGCUCGACCAGGAAUCACUAAACAUUAAACAGGAAUCCCCUGAGAACACUAGUACAGGUAGUGAAGGACACCAAGAUGGAGACAAAAUUGAAGACUUUCCCUCUUACCCUUACUCACUUGACUGGGGGGUUGAAUUUGACAUUUCAAAGUCUUUUAAUGGAGAUGAAAACUCUACAAAGCUACCGAAACAUAGGAAGAGUAAGGAAAACCAUACAGAGAAUCCUAGCACAGAUGGAACGGAGAACAAUGACUUUGGAAUAAGUGUUUGGAAUAGUUCCGAUUUUGUAGACAAGAGAAGUCAUAGCGAGGAGAAGCGCUAUCUGUGCAUUGACUGCGGAAAAAGCUUCACACGUAAAUCAUCCCUUAUAGUGCAUCAGAGAAUCCACACUGGGGAGAAACUGUUCAUGUGCACAGAGUGUGGGAAGAGAUUUGGCCUUAAAUCCUCUCUUGUGAGACAUCAAAGAAUCCACUCUACCGAGUUUUUCACGUGUACUGAAUGUGGGAAAAGCUUCAGAGAAUACACAAAGUUUUUACAACACCAGGCUAGCCAUACUGGAGAGUGGCCCUAUACAGAACCUCAUUUAACCGUCCAUUAGUCCCAAUACUUCCACCAAAUUUUGAGUUGCAUCAGAAAAAGUCUGUUGCGCUUCUUGCUUGAAUAAACUAUUCUGCCAAAUCACCAGUGAGCUAAUAACAAUGGAAUCAUCCUGUAUUCCCAAGAAGAUAUUAAAGAUUGAUAUUAAAUGUUCCUGGACAUAUCUAAUGUUGUCUCAUGUACGUGAAUCAAAUAAAUUGCGGUGGAAAAUUA